CCAAGAAAGAUGGCCCCUGCAAAGAAAACCACGUCCGCUAAGACCGCCGGCGCCAAGAAGGCCGUCGCGACCGCGCGCCGCGUGCUCAAGGGCAACCACGGCAAGGUUGUGGAAAUCCGCACCAAGACCCACUUCUACAAGCCUAAGACUUUGAAGCUGGCCCGUGCCCCUAAGGUCGUCCGCAAGUCGGUGCCUUCUCGCAACAAGUUCGACAAGUACCGCAUCAUCAAGUCCCCCUUGACGACUGAAUCGGCCAUGAAGAAGAUCGAAGACAACAACACGUUGGUCUUCCUCGUCGACAAGCUUGCCAACAAGCGCCAAAUCAAGGAUGCCGUCAAGCAAUUGUAUGACAUCAAGGCGUUGAAGGUGAACACUUUGAUCAGACCCGAUGGCCAAAAGAAGGCCUAUGUCCGCUUGACUUCUGACUACGAUGCCUUGGACGUGGCCAACCGCAUUGGCGUGAUCUAAAUGUCUUUCCAAACGAAGGACUGAGAGAAGACUACUUCUUGUGUCACGUGGUUAGCUAGCUUGAAUGAGUUCUCGACUAAUGAAGGGGAUGCCGUCUUGACUCCAUGUCCUUGGACAUCGUCGUUCUUUCAUCGCCAUGUUAAGUACAGUCAAUUACUCGCAAUUCCCAGCACCAAACGGCGCGACGACGUUGCCGUUAGCACAAAGUUACCUUGUGUUUACUCGAGGUUGAAUGAUGUCCUCGCCAAGUCAAUAAUGCUGCUCAUCAACGAGCUCUUCUCUUCGUCAACCCAAGGCAAUCAGUAUGGUUGCCCUGUAACUCCAACGAGGCCGCGGCAAAUCACCUCCUUUGUGCCGAACACUGACCAUGGCGCUUCUUCUUGGAUGCGGCAUCAUGGAAUCGGCCACUGGCGUGCAAUGUCUCGGGACCGACCUUGCGCGCAUCAACGCGAGCGCCUCUGUCAUCCCGUACACUGGCAUUCUUUCAC